AUGCUACUGUUCCCUGAUGAGCCGUACAUCGGGGUCUAUUUUGGUACAGCACCAGCUCUCGUCAUCAAGGAUCCUAAAAUAUUAAAACUGGUGUUGACACAAGACUUCUAUUACUUUAAUGGUAGAGAAAAUACAGACCACGCUAACAGAGAGCCAAUUACAACGAAUUUGUUUUCGAAUGGAGGUGAUCAUUGGAAAGUGUUACGACAGAAUUUAACUCCACUUUUUACAUCUGCAAAGUUAAAGAAUAUGUUCCCAACUAUCAAAGAGUGUGCUGAGGAAAUGGACCCGUACCUUAAGGAUGAAAUACAAAUUUCGGGGAAUAUUAACAUAAAAUCCUUGUUGGCUAGAUAUUCGAUGGAAUGUAUUAUUAGAUGUGUUUUUGGUCUAAGAGCGAACACUAUGAAGAGAGAUGCAGCUAUUAAUCCAUUCGUUACUAUAGCAGAAGAAAUAAAUUCAUCACCAACUAGAGCUGCCUUGAAAAACAUUGGCCGAUCUAUGUGGCCCGAUUUAUUUUACGCAUUGGGUUUGCAUUUGUUCGAUGACAAAUUUGAAAAAUUCUUCUACCGCUUAUUCACCGGAGCUCGUAAAAAUCGUUCCACUGAGACAACUAUAAAGAACGACUUCGUCGAUCUUAUUCUGGGCUGGGAAAAAAAACAAUACAUAACCGGAGACAGUUUUAGAAAUAACCAAACGAAUGACAAGAAGAUAGAAAGAAUUGAAGUGAAUGAAGACUUACUUGUGGCACAAUGCACUUUAUUCUUCGUAGCUGGAUUCGAAACAACAUCGUCCACAAUGAAUUACCUUCUGUAUGAACUGGCAAAAAAUAAACAAGCCCAAGAACGACUCAUAGAAGAAGUAGAUGCAUACUUUAAUAAACAUGGUGAUAUUAAGUACGAAUGUUUGUCCGAAUUGCCAUAUAUUGAAGCAUGUAUUGAAGAAGCACUUCGUCUUUACCCGGUGUUACCUGUCGUCACCAGGGAAGUGAUGAAUAACUACACGCUGCCAACUGGGCUGCGCCUACAGAAGGGUGAUCGUGUGCAUAUACCUAUUGAUUACAUCCAACGGCACCCAGAGAAUUACCCAGAUCCCACGGCAUACCGUCCCGAACGAUUCUUUGGAGACGAGAGGAAGAAAAUCAAACCAUACACCUUCAUGCCAUUCGGUGAAGGUGGAAGAGUGCCCGUUUUGCAAGAAUGGUUAUGUACGCUGGGCUCUUGA